GAUUCGAUCGGAGCUCGUGACUGUCUUAAGUGUGGUCAUCUUCGGGUGUUGGGGGCAUUAUAUAUGGAGAAUCAGAAUCAAGUGAAGAAGGUAUCCUUUUCGGAUGAACUGUGCAGUGAUAGUGCCAUGAGUGGACCAAUGGACUUUGCCAGAAGGCAGAAUCAGGCCUACAUGAGUGCCAUGCAUAAAUCGCCUGAUCCUGCCCAAGUUGAGCUCCAGCGGAGCUCUUGUGGGGAAGGGAAGGCAGUGGAUGUUGUGGAUUCGAGGAGUGCUACAGUGAAACCCUUCAGUGACACGUACAAGACCUUCUUCUCAUCACCCACGCACCCAGAGGAGGUCAAGAAAGACACCUCCUCCCCUCAAGAAUGCAGUGUGAUGGAGCUAGAGGUCAAAAGGGACAAACUCCGUUGGCUCCUCAUAUCUGAAUGCAGUGUCCUGCUAGGUGAGGACAAGCUCACCUUCGAGGGCUUCCAGAAAUGUUUCAAGAAUCAGAAAUUUCUGCGGAAUUUCUUUAGGCUGUUUGAUCUGGAAAAUGAGGAUACACUGUGCCAGGAAAAGUGGAUUGAGCACCUCAAAGGUAGGCUCACAGAAGAGAAGCAAAUUGACUUUGCUGAACAGCUGGAAUCUGUGGCUUAUGUCCUCUGUGGCGAGGGAAAGAUCUCUUUUGAGAAAUUCUGCGAGAUCUGGCAUGCCAAGGGGAUUCUGGACAAACUCUAUCGAUUGAUCGAUACGGAUUCCCUGCAUCAGGUGUCUACGCAUCAGAUCAUGGAAUUCAUAUCAAAUCUCACGAAUGCACGGCCCAAGACGGGCUUCGAUAAGAGCUCUCUGGAUCGCCUUGAACAUCUCUUCCGGAAAACUGUCGGUAAUGAACGGGAAAUUCGACGGGAAGACUUCAAGAAAAUCGUCACGUCGAAGAAUCCCUUCUUCACGGAACGUGUCUUCCAGAUUUUUGACAAGGACAAUUCAGGAUCCAUUUCCCUGCAGGAAUUCAUUGAUGCCAUGCAUCAAUUUGCCGGACAGUCGCCAGAGGAUAAGAUCAAGUUUCUCUUCAAGGUGUACGACCUCGACGGAGACGGCUUGAUUCAACACCGUGAGUUGCAGCAUGUGAUGCGAGCAUGUAUGGAUGAGAAUGGGAUGAAGUUCUCCCAGGAGCAAGUUGAGGAUCUGACUAUGGCGAUGUUUGAGGAUGCUGAUCCCUACAAUCGCGGUGCCAUUACCUAUGAAGCCCUCAAGAAUCAACUGGAGAAGCAUGGUGGUCUCCUUGAGAAUCUCAGUAUCAGCAUUGACCGAUGGCUCGUGCCAUUGCCUCAGGAGACAACGCGAAAGGUCAAAAAACCACUGCCUCAUCAGCUGACAACUCCCUAUCUCAAGAACAACUACGUCUACCUGAGCUUCCUCUGUCUCUUCGUGGCCAUCAACAUAGGAUUGUUCAUCUCCCGAGCCAUUCAGUACCGCGAGAGCAAUGGAUUCGUGAUUCUGGCCAGAGCCUGUGGACAAUGCUUGAACUUCAAUUGCGCUUGGGUUCUUGUUCUUAUGCUUCGUCAUACGAUCACUUUUCUGAGAACCAGAGGAUUCGGAGCUUUAAUUCCUCUGGAUCAUCAUAUUUAUCUACAUAAGCUCACGGGAGUCCUAAUUGCUGGCUUCAGUCUCGUCCACACGAUCAUGCAUCUCUUCAACUUUACGUUACUCGUCGUGAACGAUCCGGUGGUCAACCAUGGAAAUUAUUCAUCAGCCACUUGGAUCUUCACAUCAAAACCUGGACUAUUUGGCCUUAUUCCUGGCUAUGCUAACCCCACUGGGAUAGCUUUAGUCUUUAUUCUGGCCGUUAUGUUCAUCUGCUCUCAACCCUUUGUCCGUAGAGGCGGAAGCUUUGAAAUCUUCUACUGGACCCAUCUUCUCUAUUUGCCCUUCUGGUUUCUUGUCCUAAUUCAUGGACCGAACUUUUGGAAGUGGUUUAUCCUACCAGGACUCAUCUACACCUUCGAGAGGGCUCUCAGAUUGAUUUGGAUGCGAUCUCAGCGAGGGAAAACCUACAUCUCAUCUGGAUUGCUUCUUCCUUCCAAAGUUACUCAUUUGGUCAUCAAACGUCCUCCUCAUUUCUACUUUCGUCCUGGAGAUUACGUUUUUGUCAACAUCCCAGCCAUUGCCAAAUACGAAUGGCAUCCUUUUACCCUAAGUAGCGCUCCUGAACAGGAAGACUACAUGUGGCUGCAUAUCCGAGCGGUUGGAGAGUGGACAAAUCGCCUCUACAGUUACUUCGAAAAAGAACAGAAUCGUCUGCAUAGCGGAGAAAUCCCACCAUCGACAUCUCAAGACAUCCUCCGAAAUGCCCCUAAGAAGACUACCAACAUGACCGUAAUGGAGAAAGUCAGUGAAUCAAUGGAACCCAAUGGAGAGACUUCUGAAGAGAAAGUUACCAAAAAUCUCCCUGGAACUUCCAAAUUAGCCCUGGAUAACUCAAAACCUGUGAAAUUCGAACGACAGAUCUCUGAAAGGACUGCUAUUAAAAAGAUCCAAGCAUCAAUCCAGAGGACCUUUUCCAAUGCCGAGAAACAGAAGAAUGCACAAAAUGGCGAAUACUGGAAUGAAGGAUUCACAAUGAAACCAGAAGCUGAACCAGCCAGACCUGCCGUUCCCAGAAAACUAACACCUGAGAAGAAUUUGAGGAUGCUCCUGUUCAACAACAAGGCUCCACUUGAAAAGUCCCUCUCGAUGCCGGACGUCAACAAUCGGGUUAAGAAACGAGAGAGAUUGAUGGUAUUAAGAGAAUACAUGCGAUCAGAAUCCGAGAGAUCUUUCGACGAAGGACAAAUUCGCAAGGCUCGAUUGCAAUCCCUAGGGUUAGCUUAUCUAAGUCCUCAGAAUAAAUCUCUGGCCCAGAGCUUCAGAUACAUGCGUAAUAAGCCUACAAUCAUUGCCUUCAAGACGCCCAGUUUGGAGAGCUGCGAACAGAGGCAGUCAACAAACUCAAUCGGAUCUAUGAUUGUCUCUCCCGGAAUGUACACCCAAAAGGAAGCAGAGGAGGGCAAGAUCCUAAGACGCCUUGGAAAUGAAGAAUCUGGCGAGCGAGGUCCUCGAGCAGUGAACUAUCCCGUCGGAAAGCCUCUUGAAAUCUUUAUUGAUGGACCGUAUGGAGCACCAUCGAGUCACAUCUUCCGAGCUCAGCAUGCAAUCCUCAUUGCCACAGGAAUCGGAGUCACUCCCUUCGCUUCCAUCCUCCAAUCUAUCAUGCAUCGCUACUGGAAGGCUCGACACUCCUGCCCACGCUGCAACUUCCAGUGGUCCAGUGAGAUUCCGCAGAGUGUCAUGAAUCUGCGAAAAGUGGACUUUUUCUGGAUAAAUCGCGAUCAGAGGUCCUUUGAGUGGUUCGUGAAUCUCCUGUCGCAGCUGGAGAUUGAGCAGGCUGAACUUGGUGGUGCCAUGGAGCGCUUCCUGGACAUGCACAUGUACAUCACGAGUGCUCUCCAGAAGACAGACAUGAAGGCAGUUGGUCUUCAGUUGGCUCUUGAUCUUCUGCACCAGAAGGAAAAACGAGAUUUGAUCACUGGCCUGAAGACCCGUACAAAUGCCGGACGUCCCAAUUGGGACAAAGUUUUCAAGCAAAUCCAGGAUCAGCAGCGUGGAAAGGUCACAGUCUUCUACUGUGGACCUCCUCAAUUGGGCAAGACCCUUCGCUACAAAUGCGAUCAAUAUGGAUUCUCCUUCCGGAAGGAGAUCUUCUAGGCCCCCCAAAAGCUGCCCCCGUAGAAAAAAACGAGAUUUUUGUACGAUUUUUCUUUGUUAUUUAUUUGAAAUAAAAAAAUAAACUAC